GCGCAGCUGCCGAAGGGCUGGCGCGGGGCGCUGCGGCCGCUCGGCGGCUGGUGCUUCCGCCUGGCGCCAGCGGCGCUGGCGCUGCUGGCGCUUCGACAGGUGCUGCAGGCGGGCGCCGGUCUUGAGGCCGCCGGGGUCGCGCCACGCGGCGCGGGCGCGGCGGCUGAGGAGCCCUGGGCGUGGGUGGAUGCGGCCAGCUGGAGCGCGGCGGGCGGCGCCUGGGGCGCGGCGCGGUCUGGGGCGGCGCGACGCUGUGGCCAGCCGUGUUCGAGGCGGGCGGCGGCGGCUCGGCCUUCCGCAUCCCUUGCUUGCUGUGGCUGCCCUGCCCCGGCCACCCGCUCGGGGUGCUGCUGGCCUUCGCGGAGCACCGCUUGUCGGGGCUCGACGACUGGGGCCACAUCGACCUCGUCAUGCGCCGGAGAGCACCGACCUGGGGCGCACCUGGUCCGCCGCCCGCGCCCUCUUCUCGGCCGCGGAUCUGGGCGCGCCCGGCGAAGUGCUCACCGUGGGCAACCCCACCGCCGUUUUCGCCGAGGACGCCUCCGGCGGGCCCGGCAGGGCGGUGCUGCUUUUCACGGCGCAGUUCGGCGGGGACUCUGAGGCCUCGAUCUGGGCGCGCACGUCGAGGGGCAGCCGCUGGCCGUUCGUGACCGAGAGCUUCGACGGCGGCGAACGUGGAGCCGGCCGCGCAACGUCACGGCGAGCGCGAAGAGGCCCUCGUGGACCUGGUACGCCACGGGCCCGGGCGCGCCGUCCAGCUCCGCCACGGCGAGCACGCCGGGCGGCUCCUCGCGCCGUGCGACCACGCGACGGAGGCCGAGGACGGCUCCGUGCUGCUGCGCUCACACCUCAUCUGCAGCGACGACCUGGGCGCCACUUGGCGCCUGGGGGCGGAGGCGCAGCCUGGCACCAACGAGUGCGCUGUGGCGGAGCUCGGCAACGGCACCGUGCUGCUCAACAGCCGCGACUGGCCCGCGGGCGCCAGCCGGCGGGUGCUGAGCGCGUCGGGCGACGGCGGCGAGACGUUCACGGGGCGGGCGGCCAGGCACCCGUCCCUCAGCGAGCCGAAGCCGCACGGUUGCCAGGCCGCCAUGGUGGCGCACGAGCGACCGCCAGGCCCCGGCAGGGUGCUCUUCUUCUCCAACCCGUCCGCGCGCACGCGGAACGGUCUGCUGGUGAGGGCGAGCCAGUCCGAGGGCGCGGCCUGGGAGCACGAGGCCCUCCUCCACGCCGGGCCCUCCGCGUACUCGGCCCUGGCCGUGGCCGCGCCGGCGGCCGCGGGUCACGCGGGGGCGCGGCUCCUACGGGGGAUGGGCGCCGCCAGCGCCUACGAGCGUAUCGCCCUCGCGGUCAUCCCCCUGGCGUUGCCACAGCUGCCCACUGCAGGCUGACGCCGCCCGCCUCGUCGCCGGCGCGGGCGCGGACGCCCC